AAGACUUUUGCCUUACUUAAUGUUGCUCCUUUUCUCUAUUUUGCAGGUCUCUCGGACACAAAGCUUCAUGAAAUCUUUCUGGAUGACAAGGAGAUCAAGCUGAGCUGGAUGGUUGACUGGUAUAAGCAGGAGGUGCUCUUCCAUUUGCAGAAUGCGUUCAAUGAGCAGCAUCGCUGGUUCUAUUUGGGCUUUUCGAAGCGGGGCGGCUUGGCCGAUGCCGAUAUUUGUUUCUUUGAGAAUCAGAAUGGCUUCUUCAAUGUGGUCACCGACACCUACACCAGUCCCGAUGGUCAUUGGGUGCGCAAGGACUAUCAGCAGGACUGCGAGGUCUUCAAAAUGGACGAAUUCACGCUGGCCUUCAAGCGCAAGUUCGAUACCUGCGAUCCGCUCGAUCUGCGAUUGCAUGAGGGCACCAUGUACGUGGUUUGGGCACGCGGCGAAUCGGAGCUCGCUCUGGAGGAUCAUCAGUUCGCGUUGCCCAAUGUGACGGCUCCACACGAGGCGGGUCUUAAGAUGUUGCAGCUGCUGCGCGCCGACAAGAUCCUCAUUCCCGAAACCGACUUGGAACUAAUCGAAAUCACGCUGGAGCAAGCGCCGGUGCCCACACAAGAGACCACCUACUGGUGCCAUGUGCAGCGUCUGGAUGACUUUGUCAAGAAUCGCAUGCAUAUCGUGCAGUUCGAGCCAAUCAUCAAGUCGCCCGGCAUUGUGCACCACAUGGAGAUCUUCCACUGCGAAACGGACGAGCAUGUUGAGAUUCCACUCUACAACGGCGACUGCGAACAGCUGCCCCCGGCGGCGAAGGUCUGCUCCAAGGUAAUGGCACUGUGGGCCAUGGGCGCCAGCACCUUUACGUAUCCACCAGAAGCCGGCCUGCCGAUCGGUGGCCCCGGCUUUAAUCCCUAUGUGCGGCUCGAGGUGCACUUCAAUAAUCCAGAGCUACAGGCGGGUCUGAUGGACAACUCAGGAUUCCGCAUUAAAUUAUCGAAGACGUUGCGGCAAUACGAUGCUGGCGUCAUGGAAUUGGGUCUCGAGUAUACGGACAAAAUGGCGAUACCGCCUGGCCAGACGGCCUUCCCACUGAGUGGCUACUGUGUGGCGGACUGUACACGGGCCGCACUGCCAAAGACGGGCAUCAUCAUAUUUGGAUCGCAGCUGCAUACGCAUUUGCGCGGCGUUCGCAUCCUGACCAGGCACUUCCGGGGCGAACAGGAGCUGCGGGAGAUAAAUCGCGAUGAUUACUAUUCGCAUCACUUCCAGGAGAUGCGCACGCUGCACUACAAGCCGCGCGUCCUGCCGGGCGAUGCACUGGUCACCACCUGCUAUUAUAAUACGCUUGGCACUGCGAAUGUCACUCUCGGCGGCUUCUCCAUUAGCGAUGAAAUGUGCGUCAACUAUAUACACUACUAUCCGGCCACCAAGCUGGAGGUGUGCAAGAGCUCUGUUUCGGAGGAGACACUCGAGGAUUACUUUAUCUAUAUGAAGCGAAAGGAGCACCAGCAUGGCAUACACUUGAACGGAGCACGUUCGGCGAAUUAUCGGACUAUCGAAUGGACCCAGCCGCAUGUGGACCAAUUAUAUACGAUGUACAUCCAGGAGCCGCUCAGCAUGCAGUGCAACCGAUCCGAUGGCCAGCGCUUUGAGGGGCACAAUUGGGAGGGCGUGCCACCGACGCCAGUCCAAAUCAAAAUACCCAUCCAUCGCAAGCUCUGCCCCAACUACAAUCCGCUAUGGCUGAAGCCACUCGAGAAGGGCGAGUGCGAUUUGCUGGGCGAGUGCAUCUACUAGGCAAUGAGCAAUGAGCACGGCCAACGGAUACGGAAUUCCAAUUACGUAUUUCGGCAAAUGGGGGCGGGGCAUGCACAUGGCACACACACACACACAUACAGACACACUCGCACGCACGCACACACAUACUCAACACAUACACAUGCAUGCUUUUGGCAACGGGUUUGUAAGGUUCUCUCUAAAUGUUUUUUGUUUCUUGUUGUUCUUUUUUUUUACAGUUUUGUUCACGUUUAUAUGGUAGCAUAUGAUGAUUGUCAUCAAGAACAUCAACAUCAACGCUUAUUGUCAAUUGAAAUGGCAAAGACAAAAGGCUAACGGGUGGCAAGCGGACAAGGGGGCGGUGCGGGUACGGGUACAUCGUCGGGUGUUUGGCAACAAAAAAAAAAAACUUUCUUUAAAUAACUAAUGAAUUGUUGGCCUUUGAAAUUUGCCGACCGAGCUGCUGGCCCCGGCUUCAACCGGCAAAUGACACAAAGGGAAAAUGUAAAAGAAAUGUGGCAAAA